AUGAGCGCUGCAGUGCUACUCCUUCCACCAUCUCAAGGUAUACGGUACAUGAUGUCCUUGACGUACCUGAUAUUGUCCAUAAUUGGCAUCAUUCCGAACAUCAUCCUUGCAAUAACGCUGAUCAAAAUUGGCUCGAUGCCAAAACAAAAAAUGUUCGUCCUGUUGGCGGAGCAGAUUCUCAUCAGUGACUUUUGCCAGCUUUCUUCUCAACUGAUCGUUGCAUUUCCACUAUCGUUCUACGGCGCAAACAUCUAUGACGGAACGCCAGCCAUCUGGGUUUAUAACGUGGUGAAUUUUCUCGACACUGUCGGAUAUAACGGUGUCCUUGACUUCACUUUCCUGAUGGCUGUGAAUCGUCUGACGGUAUUUCUAUUUCCAAGAAUCCACUCGCUGCUCUUCGAUAGCAGCAAUAUUAAAAAGACAAUUAUUUUCGUUUGGUGCUUCUUACUCAUGCAGAUCACCGUCGAGUACAGCAUGCGCUGUUACAAGCAGUUCACCUACGACGAAUUUUACUUUUAUUUUUCAUGCAAAAAUCCAGAUUUGAUCUACGUAGUCAUAUGGCUCAGCUCAAUGCGAUACCAAAGCUACACGUUUCCCAUUAUAAUGUUCAUUACGUACAUUAUACUGUUCUUCUAUAUAAAAACAAGACUAGCGCAGACGACCACAAAGGGCAAAACCGGGCAACGACAACGGAAAUACGAAGUCAAUUUAGUCGUCCAGGCUGUGAUAAUCUCGUUCUUUCUCGAGCUUCAGACGUUAUCAUUCACUGUUCUGCCUAUGCUUGGGUCCGGGAACGAUCGAUUCUACUCAAGUCUUGCGCAAAACGUUAUCAGCAUUAUGAACAACUCCUCAAAUCCCUACGUGUAUUUCUUCUUCAACAGCCAGAUUCGUGCAGGAAUGCUAGCGUUUGUACGUUGUAAAUCGCCAAAGCAACACGCCCAAACUGUCGUCACUACCGUUUCACAAGGCGGAAGAAGUCAAGUGGGAUGA